AAGUCAAAGUUCCUGCAGCAAUGGAAUUCCAAGAUCCCGCUUAGAUAAAUCAGUGUUGCACACCAAGAUCUAAAGAUCACGGAGGAAGACAGAUUUAAAUUAACUUACAUAAUUAGAUUCUGAAACGAGAUCGGUCGGAACAGUACUGGAAGAUGAAGGAUUAAGUGUCAGUCCCGAACCUCGUUGAGACUAUAUUUAAGGCAAUGUUCGAAAGUAAAUGCAUCCGGUUCUGCUUUUGAAUUUUCAUCAGGGAAACGAGAAAAACUACUUGACAGAAGUAGUGUGCGUCCGUUAUCUAAGAGUUGUCAACAUGCAGUUGUUCCUUCGCGGAGUUAACGGCUCCACGGCCACCCGUGUCGUGGAGCAGACCACCACGGUCGCUGAGCUGAAGGAAUCGCUCGAUCUUGCCACCGGAUUCCACCUUUCCUACGCUGGUAAGUCGAUACCCUUAUGCUUUCUUUAUGAACUUCUUGUCUUCAGAAAAUGCCACUUCUAGGAGGUCUAUAUAUUGAUGCAUACCAAUGCGUUUUGAGACUUAGCUUGCGCUACCAACACUUGUGCUGCAAAAUUUCCUAAGCUUAACGACAAACGACGAUCGAUCCGUUCAUUCCCUACAAUGACCACCUUCGUAGGUAAGGACUGCCCGGAAUCCCUCACUUGCGGAGCUCUCUUUGCUGAUGAGUGCACCAUUGAUGUCAACGCGGAUUUGUUGGGUGCCGGUAAGAAGAGAAAGAAGAAGCAGUACACCAAACCGAAGAAGAUCAAGCACAAGCACAAGAAGGUCAAGCUCGGAGUCCUCAAGUUCUACAAGGUAUUUCGGACCAGCUCAUUUGUAUGACUAUUUUAGAACUGGUGUCACUAAAAAUGAAGGCCCCUCGAGAAGGCGGUUGAAAGUUUGAACAUCAUCUGUACUGCACUUUCGGCCCACUAUCCUCCCCAUUCAAUAUCUAGGUCGACGGAAGCGAUAAGAUCACCCGCUUGCGCAAGGACUGCCCGAACUGCGGAAACGGCGUCUUCAUGGCUAUGCACCACAACCGCUACUAUUGCGGAAAGUGCACCCUGACUUACGUCUUUAGCGAGGGUGACGAGGCCUAAUGCGGCUCUGGAUCAAUUUUACAAGAGAGAAGAUGAGGGGAAGCCUGACAAUUUCGCCGGGAACAAGCAGUCAUGUUGCGACGUUUGGGAACGAAACAAGGGACGCAUUCACAAGGGGAAACGAGCAAGCGUGCUUUUCCGAGAGACUGCGCCGAAAUCGUCAUAGUUCUAGUCGUCUACGCCUGUUUCGGGAGCAGAUAAAUUGGUCUUGGGGGAGCUUGUGAAGACAAAGCUCCAUUUCGUAAGACUGCUAGUAUGGCCUUAUUCGUGAAGGAAUUGAUAUGACUUCCCGGAUGGCGAUGCAAUUGACAUAACUCUUAGAGAAGAAGACGAAGAGAUCCGAACGGUAUGAGGCAGGAUCCCCACUGCGCGCGUCUCGGACCCAAUCGGCAGGCCCUUUGUUCGUGUUCGUCCGCCCUCAUUAAGGAAAAGCUCUGGUGGCAGACCCCGUCCUCAUCCAAAGCUCUCAAGAUUGUCGCUGAACUAUGAAGGACUAUGACGUAAUUCAGGAUGGUGUGAAAAGAACCCAAAAUGAC